CCUGAAGCUGGGCACAGAUGCUGCAGUGAGAUCUGAAGCCUGUGUCCUUUAUCCCUGUUUCCAUGACAACCGUUGGGCUUAUUCCAUGUCGGCACAACACAGAACUGAGCUGAAUCGCUCUACGUAACUCUUUCCAUCCUCCCUCCAUACCUAUUAAUUUUACUCCAGCCCUUUCACUAAAUCCCUGCCUCUUCUCAUCCCCCUCUUUUCAUUUUUCUGGUUCGAUGUCCCCCUCAUUCUUUCCCCUUAUGACAACGGAUUAACCCUGCAAACUUGGAGGUAGGUAGCAGCCACUAUCACUCUACUUACAUUCCACAGUGUGAGGGAUGCAAACUAGCGGAUACGAGUUAAAUGUAUAUUGGGCAAUCUACUAUUAUUAAUGGGCUAGAGACAAACAUCUAUGGGGUGAUAGAAUACAGUAUAUGAAUGUAGAUAAUAGACAAACAUACAUCGUGACGCACUGUAUGGAGGGCAGAUAGAGGUGAAAACAUAUUGGAAAGGAAGUGUUGGACCAUUACACAGACAGAUGGGUUAACACACCACAUGUAAGAGUCAGAUGAGAACAGGCAUCGCAUUAAAGGUUCGAGGUAAGGAUGCAUUUGUCAUAACACAACAGGCCUUAAAAACCGAUGGAAUGUUCGUAUUGAUUGCCCCAUAUUUAGCAUUUUUUCCUAGAACUGAUCAUAUGUGAAUGUGAUUCUAUGGGCUAUACAUAGCACGGUAAAUAGUUCUUUGUUAUUAGGACAGAUGUAAUAAAAUAAGAGGUCCGAGAGCUACUUAUGAGAAUUGAUUGUGGGUGUUACAGGUGGCCCUGCUUUUGGGAGCUACAGACUUGGGAAAGAGUGUCUGCAGGAAUUCAGAUGUGGAAGAAUCACAAUUCGUAUGAUUCUCAGCCAACUACAGUUUUAGCAGUCAUUUUGUUUAAUCGUGAGGGUGUUAUUUCUCAAUAAAGGGAACGUUGCAGAUUGAUUACUCCUGAUCAAUAUUAUCAAUAUAUUGGCUAAUAAAUGUGGCAUGAUCUUAGAUGAUGUGUAUUGGUUUAAUAUAUGUCUUGAAAGGUUUUAGGUGAAUGAAUAUACAUGUAUGGGAGCAGACGGUGUAUAUAAAUUGCUUUGUAUUUCAGAAAAUGUAUUUCUGUUUCACCCUGGUAUCUUUCUUUAUGCACAGUGCUCUUCAGCAGCGGAGCAUCUUAACUGUGAUCCAGAUUUAUAAUCCGUGUUAUCUCUCCUCUCCUAAUUUGCUGCACCCCUCAGGGUUUGACAUUACCCCAUCGCCAGCUGCUGAAUUCUUGCUUAUUAUGUCCAGCUGUGAUGUUGAAUCCUUGGAGCCACUGCUCGGUGCCCUGGAACUUGAAUGCAAGAUUUGUUACAAUGGAUUUGAUACAAGGCAACACCGCCCUAAAAUGCUGGGUUGUGACCAUCGCAUGUGUGCACGCUGCCUCAAAAAGAUGGCUUACACCUGGGGAUCGGGUCCACCAACCACCCUCAGCUGCCCGUUUUGCCGACAGGAAACCCCACUACCUGAAGAUCUACAGCUCCUUCCAGACGAUAGCUGUCUGCUUUCCAAACUUAGCUGCCAUGAAUGGACCAGAAGGCGUGGCUGCUCUGUGGCCCCUGAAGUGCUCCUAAGCCCUGGGGAUCUAUGUGGAGGUCCUAGUUCCUCUGAGUGCCUGGUUAUCACUAUCAUGGAGGUAGCUGAAGAACCCCCAGGUCCUGGCGAGGACAUGCCAGUGCUGGACAUUCUGAGUGUGAAAAUCUCAUCCAGUUUGGCAUGGCUACCUAGUUCUUGUGUCCCUCACCACUGUUGCCCAUGCAGACCUGUGCCACGUGUCCUAUUAGGCUUCCUGUGCCUCGUGUAUUUUAGUUCACUGCCUCUUGGUGUCUAUCUCCUUAUGAUCCAGCAGCUGCCCCUUGGCAUUGUUCUGGUCAGCUUAGUGCCAUGCACCCUUGUACUUUGUCUAUUGUGCCAAUGUUUGUGCCACGAGCUAGCCGCAAGUCUAUCCGACUAACCCUGGUCUUGCAUUCUACCGAACUUCACCACAAGCGCCCACAAAUAAGCAAUGCCUGUGCAUUUUGUCUGUGCUGUGUUCAAUCCUGGUUUCAAACCUGUUUCAUGUACGUUCCGAACUGUAGUACCAAAACUACACAUUGAUAUUGUGUAUUCGAAGGGUGACGUUUAUAUUUAGGUAUAAUUAGAUUUCUCACGCAGUUCAGAAUUUUUUAAAGAUUUAUUUACUCAUUCUGUUCUAGUUCAUUGUCUGUAUGUCAAAUUUACAUAUUUUUUUGUUAUAGCACCAGUCAAAAAAUAGUUAUAUAUUUAUACGAGCGAGAGAGAACGUUUAGUUUUGUUGAGUAAGAGAACAUGCUCCAGUGAUUAACAUAGGAGCUGAAAGAUAUAGAGUUGCUCACUGCAAGGCUGUCAAGAAGCAUUUAAAUAGGCCAGACGCUGCUGAUUAAAGGAUACCUCAGACUGCCAAUGUGUCACAAUCCGUCCUAUCAUUGUGAUGCUAAAUCCCUUAAAUAUGCAAUAUUUUGGACACUGUUUGCCAAUCUCUAGGACAGUGCAAAAAUCUUUAUGUGACCUUUAUCUGUGGCAAAAGAAAUGGAAGCCAAACCGACUGAAAUUGAUGUAUUAUAAAAAUAUAUAUAAAUAUAUAUAAGUGGUUCAUCACAAAAAUAAAAAAAAGGUAUUAAAAAUGAC